AACCUUCAAGGUUUUUGUGAACGUUAAAGAUGUCGAGAGAAUCGAGAAUGGUUAGUAGACAACUUAAACAACAUUUAAACCGAACGUAUUUUGCUUUUUUAUAUUGUAUGUACAUUGUGUUUUACCAUUUUUUUUUAAUACUAGAUCCAAAUUAUAGACAGAAAAUGCUUAAUGAUAUAAAAAAGGUUAGGAAUGAAUCAAAUUGCUUGAAGGCAGAUAAAAGCAACAAUUUAGUUGAAUUACAGUUAAUGGAUGGAUCACAUCAAGUGCAUUUGUUAAAGAUUUCUGCUGCUAAACGUGAUCGAGCUUUAAAAGAUUUAGCAUACGCAACUCAACUAUUAGAUGAGCAUUUAUCAGCUUUGGGCAGUUCAUCGAAUGUCAGUCAAGAAACUUUAUUGAAUACUCGUAACGAUGAAUGUGAAAGGGAUAGUGCUGCCCUGAAAAAAAGAGUAUCUGAUGGAAAAAAGGGUGCAUUUCAAUUGACACUGAUUGAUUCUGCAUCAAUGGAAAGCUUUACUUUUUUUGUCGACCAAAAAGCUUAUCAUCUAGCACAGACAGAUAUAGUUUUUGCAACACAGCUAUUAGAUAAACACAAGGAAACUAUAGAUCAACAAAAAUUAAAUAGUUUAUCAACAAAUAUUGACACUAAAGAAACGGAAAAUAACAAUGAUGAGUUGCAGAAUCUUAUUGAAACAUAUGAGAAGGAUGAUAUUGAAGAUGAUGAGACCAGCAGUAAACAAACUGGUCGCUAUGCUUGGAAUAACGCAGAAACGCUUUAACUUGUACAAAGAAAACGAUGCGGCCUAUAGUGGAGGUAAAUUAACGUAUAAAAAAUUUUGGAAAUUAAUUACC